AUGGCGAAGGAGCUUCUACACCCGCCACUCGUCGUGUUCGUCGACGUCCACUGGAGGAGGCUUAGAAGACGCCAGGCAGCAGCUGUACGCGGAAGAGCAACGGAGUCUGACGAGAAAGCAAAACGAGAUUAUAAGACUUGCAAAGAGGACCAGGAUGAGCGUAGGGUGAGGGGUGCAGGUCACAGAAGUAGACGGGUCCCCAGGAAAAGUAAAAGUUUAAAGUCCAGGAGAAUGAGGGAGAAGAAGGAAAGAAAUAGUCAUCUUGAAUGUCCUUCUUUCCGACCUCCACGAAACGCCAGCUCUCGCCAAGCAGUUCGUUGGCCAAGGAACUCCGCCUGGCCGACACCCCCAGCAGCAGCAUGGAUCAGGACUUUCCCUCCAGCCUCUACACGCGCAGCCUCGAAUAAAGAGUAA